AUGAGGGAGGAUGUCGUAGCGGGCCUGUCCCAGCGGAUCUGCGACCACAUGAAUAGUGACCAUGCUGAUGCUGUGGCACAUUUGUGCAUGUUCCAUGCUCGACUUCCUCGCUUGCCUCCUUGGUCGGCGAUGGAAUCUAUUUCAGCCACGACUAUGGUCCUCCAAUAUAAAAGCCCUGAAGCCGAAUAUGAUGCCUCGAGCGCAAGGUUAUGCACUAUUCAUAUAUCCUUCGAUCCACCUCUCGAGUCUUCGAUGGAUGCAAGGAAACGUCUAGUCGCUAUGAGCAGAGAAAGUGAAGAACAGAAUCGAAACCACUACAAGCAGCCCGAGCACUUGGAAUGGUAUGGCUAUGUUCCAUACGGCAUUCAAGAUACUGGCAGCAAUCUGCCUCGUGUUUUAUCUAUGUCAUUUGGUCCAACACAUAAGUUGUGCAUGGGCUAA